AUGAAAAUGGAUGUUGAUAAUUGGUAUUGUCAUCUAAUAACAAAUACAUUUUAUACUAAAGCAUUAAAAAGAGAAAAUCUUCAAGUAUUAUCUAUAUGUGGUACAUUUGGUAUAAUUUAUGCUUGUUUAUUACAAUAUAUAUUUUUUCGACUUACAAGACCUUUGAUGUUUUAUAUUGGAGCUUCAUUCAUUGUUACAUCAGCGAUUAUACUUUCAAUAGGUAGUUAUUUAACAAAUAUCAAAAGAAUCAUAUAUGAUUUAUAA